AUGGAGAAAAUGCAAAGAGAGAACUUAGUACAUGGAUCUUCAGAAGCAGACACAAGUGGCAUGGCUGAGUUGUCYAUGGAUCCCAUACACAGAUCUAUAGGCAUACAGAACGAGGGCCGAGGCCUCGGGUCCAGGGAGCCUCACCCUCAGGAGGCGACGAGCAAGUGCCGGCAGGCCGGGCCUGAGGCUGAGAGCGAUGUCCCUUUUCCUAUUCACUUUUUUUCUGGCCGGGAAUCGGCUGGCACAGGGCAGGGAGGCACCCGAGCGAAAGGCGGGGAGCUGUGCCCGGCGCCACCCAGGACGCUGCUGGGCAGCAGGAUCGGCAGCCGCGCGGCGAGAAGCGCCCGGACUUGGGGCCAAAGGGACAGCAGAGCGGGGCGCGACCCCAGCGCGGUGGCGCGGCCACCCGAGUCGUCCCCGCGCACGGCGCAAACGACCCUCGGCGGUGGCCCCCCGGCCCAGGGCUGGCACGCACGGGCAGGCGAACCCAGGGCUAACUCUACAACUUGCGGCGCCGCUGCCCGGACCCCGAGUUCCCGGGGUGAUCAGGACCCGGGAGGAGAGGCCGGAGGAAGCCUCUCGGGUCCCAGCAGCUCGCGUGAGCUGGGGAACCCCUUCUGUUCUGUUUUUUUUUUUUUUUUCCUUCCUCUUCUUUCUCGCCCGCCCCACGGAUGGCUGGCCAUGGUUUCAGGGCCCAGAGGCAGCGAGGGGACCGAGUUGGCCCGGAGAGCACCGGGUAGGCACCCCGUAAAAAACGUGGAGUACUCGGAGAGGAAAACUAGGAAGGAGACCUGAGGAGCGCCCGCUCAAGCUCCCUGGACGGACGUAGGACCCAGGAGCAGGGUUUAUCUUCUGCUGCUUUGUCACUGCGAAACCUCCAGCGGAGUCUGCCAGCCAAUCUACACCAUCCCCGGGAAGGAUCUGACCCAGCUAGACAAGGCAAAAGGAACAGGGCUGCUACUUUUUCAGCAGCUCUCCUCGGUUCGGCAUCCGAGUAAGAAAUAACAAUUACAUCACGAGGCCGGGGCGUCUGCGCUGCGAAGAAGCCUCUAGGUUUCCUGCAGCCUGAUCUCGCUGAACCCGCCUCUAAAUUGGGGGGAGAGGGGGCUACGGAUUGGUGAAGCGAGAAAGUGGAGGGAGGAGAGAAUCUUAAGAAACCAUAAUUUCCUCUUCUCCUUGUAUUUGCAGUUUUAAAAAUCGUAUCCUCAGCGCCCCCCAAAAUCUAAGUAGAACUAUUAACACCACCCCCCAACACCUCCCAGAUGUCAGGUUUCUUUUUGACGCUAACAUCUAGCAUUUGGUAG